UUGCCUCACUGGGUAAAAGUGAAAAAUGGAUGGUUCAGCGAAUGCAUCUUAACCAAUGGUUCAAACCACGCUACAUCCGACAAUUUGCAUCUGAUUUCAACGAGUUUGCUGACAGUUACGUAGAGUAUAUGGAACAUUAUGCGGACGGCAAGACAGAGGUGGACACCUUAAAUACGUUUACAACACUGACGACACAUCUGUUGUACAAGGUAGCUUUCAACAUGGAUCUGGGACCAUUAAGUGAAGAGAACCACCCCUUUGUCACGAAGCUACAGACAGCGUUAUCAGGCACAGCGGCGCUCAUAGCAAAUCCCUUAGUAGCUAUAAAUCCAUUGAAAUGGGGAUUCCGCCGGAAUGUUCGAGAUGCUAUUAACACUCUCAGACAAAGAGCUAAACAAGUGAUAGAUGAGAGAAAUAUAGCGAAACGUAAUGGCGACUAUUUCCCGGAUGAUCUCAUGGAACACAUAAUGGAGCUAAAAGAAAAACAUCCAUCAAUGAUAACGGACGAAAUACUGCUUGAUAAUUUCAUUACAUUCCUGGCUGGAGGGCAGGAAACAUCCGCCAAAACUUUGAGUUUCGUGGUUUUUCUUCUCGGAAAGAACCCGGAAUGUUACAAAAGGCUACAAAGGGAGAUUGAUGAAAACAUCGGCGCAGUGUCGGUGAUCAGUUUGGAUGAGCUUGAGAAGUUACCCUACCUAGAUUUGGUGUUGAAAGAAACACAACGACUCUACCCAGUGGCUAAGAUGACCGCUCGCCACACAUUCAAAGACCGUAUGGUCGGCGGUCAUCUCAUUCCCGCGGGAACUGAUAUGAUGAUUAGUUUUUACGCGACGUCCAGGGCAGAGCAAAAUGUGAGAAAUCCCACAAAGUUCAUACCGGAACGAUUUCACAUCGACAGCUCAGAGAAAUUUAGCAAAUAUGCGUCCACGCCAUUUGCAGUUGGACCCCACGCUUGUAUAGGAAAAAAAUUCGCACAGAUAGAGAUGAAAAUCAUCAUUGCCAAGAUAUUGCAGAAUUUCGACUUUGAACUGAUUCCCGGUCAAAGUUGUGAAUUAAAAGACGUCACUUUAAUACAACCGAAAGAUGGUGCCAAGUGCUUUUUCCGCCCUCGGAGAACGAUCUCAGCGAAAUAAAAAAGCGAUUAUUCAGCAAAAAUACAGAAACAACAAAGCUUUAG